GUCACCCUUGAGAAAUUCUGACGGCAGUACCAAAACCGCUACGGUGGAGUUCAAACCACCUGCUGCUUGCACACCAUUCCUGUGGCAUAUGCACCUGCAGUCAUGUAAUGCCCCACAGGCCCUCACCCCGCAGCCGGUAGCCGUCUGCCUCCAAUUCCAGGUCACAUCCGACGCCCUCUCGGUAUAGAAGCUCUAUGCUGCGCAGAUUCUCCCUCAGCUCCUCGGCCUGGCUGAGCUUCUUUUCUUCUUCCCCGGAGUUUCCUGGCUCCUCGCAUUUGCGCUGUGCCGCGGCCUUCACCCGGGGCGCCCCCAAGGCCUCGGCCGCAGCCAGCACAUCCCCCAGUGAGGCGGGGCCCAGUACCCCCUCAUAGGCAAAGGUCAGCACGGCCUCCCAGCCUCCCGGGGCCACAUCGAGGCUGAAGCCUGACCGCGACCUACCGCCGCUUAGCAGCCGGUCUCGGAAGAGGCUGCUGACUGCGGCCAAGAUCACCCGAUGCAGCCCAUACACCCGCCCCGCGACUGUCACCUCUUCGUCUAAUAAGAGCCUCUGUUCCCGCAGCCUCUGUGCUUCUGCGAAGAACUGGCUCGGAUGCUCCUCACUACGCAGUCCCUCGGGCUCGGCUGUGUCUCCAUCGUCCUCCUCCUGUUCCUCCUCCUCUAGGGAAAAAGCCGGAGAGGGAAGGUUCCCUGGGACCAGGGAUCUGGGGCCAGGCUCUUCCAGAGGAAAGGAAAGUAAAUCGGGAUCCUCAUCUGGGGAAGAAGGCCAGGAGGUUCUUUCAGUGGGCAAAGGAAGUCCAAGACCGUCCUUCUGGAGGGAAAGGGAGACGCGCUGCUGGUCGGAGGGAUGUUGUGCUGUGUCCAAGAGGCUCAUGGCCUAGGUUUGCUGGAUUGCUGCAGGUGAGCAGGCAAGAGAGAAAGUCAUCUUAGCUGUAUCCAGAGAGGCCAGAGGAACCAUGUCUCCCGCUCAUGGAACGAUCAGACAUUUCAGACUAUCACAUGGCUUUCCCUCAGCAAAACAAUGGGGCCAGCAUCUUAAGCCAUCAUCAGUAAAUGGAGGAAAUACAUUUCAGAGACAUACCUCUAGUUGACCUCUGCUUGCCACCUGCCUCCAAGGACAGGGACUUUGGACCCAGCUAUGAGUGGUAUGAGAAUUCCACAGUCCCAGGACAGCUGUGCCACAACCAAUAAUUCCUGGAGGCUCUGUGUGGCAGUGCCAUGGUAAGAAAGACCCAUGCCCCACAGGGAACUCUCAAAGGUAGGGAAAAAAUCUGCUAUCUGGGCUACCACUCACCUCCCAUUAAAGCCUGGGACUGCCCUCCUCCCAAAAGUCCUUCAGGUCCUGUCACCAUCCUCCUGGUUACAGGCACACUAUUGUGGGGUCAUGACAUUUCGGUCUGCCUGUACAAUCUCAGCCAGGGGAUAGCAUGACUUCCACCUUUGCAGAGGAGCCCUGCACCAAACCACUCUCAAGAAGAUGAUCCAGAGAAUUCCCUGGCCAGAACAGAUGUGCUACAUGCUCAACAUCUGUGGUGUCAUUCUCUAUCUGUGGCUGCCUUGGAUGAUUGCUCAGGAAGGCAUAGGGCUCACAAGGCUCAUAAUCCUGCUCUUGGCCUCAGUCACUACAAUUACCACUCUGUCUAUCUCAGCCAUCUCAAUCAAUGGUAAAGUGAACACUGAUGGCACAUAUUUCCUCAUCUCCAAUAGUCUGGAAACAUGGGAUACAACUGCUGAACAUAGAUCCAGAAGAUGAGCUACUGGUGGUUGGUGUGGUGACCAUAUUCUUCUGAGAGUGACACCGGCCUGUGUGCAGCAGGAAUCUAAGGCGGGUGCCAGAGAACUGUGGUGUGGUGAGGAGGCUGAGGAAAUGGUGGUGAGAACUAGGUGCUAGGAGGGGCUAAGGAGCAAUGGGGGAAGAUAUGGGAUUGCAUGUGGGGGCAAAAGCAACUGCAGUCAGAAUAGGCCAAGCUAACAUGGGGGAAGGAGCUGGUGAAGCAGAUUCCCAUGGACAGAGACCUGAAAUUGGAUGAUUUUGCUGGGAGAGACUCCAUACCACAGCUCCUCAAGGGAAAAGAAAAAAGACCUUAUUCUGAGGAUCUGUCAGGAUGAGCAUCAGACAAGCCUAGGGGUAGGGGGAGGACGGUAGAUAAGAUACUGUUCCCAGAUAUUUACAAUUUUAAGAUCCAUUCCUGUGACACGGGGAGGGAUAGUUUGCAGAAGAAAGGAAGA